AUGAUUUCUUCCAAGGAGAUACGAAUAUUAUCGCUCCUGGUGCUCGAUACGAUCUUUUUUUUGCUGGAGGUAGUCAUCGGUUAUGCUGUCAACUCUCUGGCCUUGAUCGCAGAUUCAUUUCAUAUGUUGAAUGACAUUAUUGCACUGUUGGUUGCAUUAUGGGCUGUGAAUGUUGCAAAGAACAAGGCUGCCAACUCAAAGUAUACAUAUGGAUGGCAAAGAGCCGAAAUCCUGGGUGCUUUAGUAAAUGCUGUAUUUUUACUGGCUUUGUGUUUCACUAUUUUUAUCGAAGCUAUCCAAAGGUUUAUCAUACCACAAGCUAUCUCGAAUGCCAAACUAAUCCUUAUAGUAGGCUUCGCAGGGCUUAUUUCUAAUGGAGUAGGGCUUGUUUUAUUCCACGAGCACGGUCAUGAUCAUAGCGAUGUUUCUGAUAGUAACGCUGAAUCACAGCAUGGGCACGGCCAUGGUGUAACUUAUGAAGACGAAGAGUUACAAACAGGCGUUCAGGAUGAAGAACGCGAUAACUUAUUGGCUUCGACAUCUUCGCCCUAUUCAAGUCGUGCUCGACGCUCUAUCUAUUCGUUGGAGGACGACAAUAUUGAUUCAAUUUUGCCCAACAAUGUAGUAUCAGAAAUUGAGAGAGCAACAUUUCAGGAGCAAACUAUGUCACGGUUGAAAGACAAAAAAAGUAUCAGAAGAAAACCACAAAAUCCAAAAUCCCUGAACGUUCAAGGAAUUUUCCUACAUGUUUUAGGUGAUGCAUUGGGCAAUGUGGGUGUAAUUGCAACAGCUCUAAUAAUUUGGAAGACAGAUUAUUGGUGGCGUUUUUAUGCCGAUCCCGUUGUUUCAUUGUUAAUAACAGGAAUUAUUUUCUCAUCUGCCUUACCCUUAUGCAAAUCUGCUUCCAAAAUACUAUUGCAAGCCACACCUACCGCCAUCGAAUUCGAAGAAGUAUUAGAACAGAUCCUGAAUGUUCCAGGUGUUGAAUCGGUUCAUGAUUUUCAUAUCUGGAAUCUCACGGAGCGUCUCUAUAUUGCAUCACUACAUGUCGAAAUCAAUCGCAACCCGGAAGAGUUCCUUUCGAUUGCAAAAGAAAUCAAAUCUUCUCUUCAUGAGUUUGGGAUCCAUUCUGUCACAAUUCAACCCGAGUUUGUGAAGUAUUAUGCGCAGCAAAAUAAGCUCCCCCAACGAUUCUCUUCGACUACAAUUUUGGCAAACGAAGAGCCUCACGUCAACGGUAAUGACAGUACUCCAUUGAGUAAUGUUCAGGGAUCACAGCAACAGUAUGGUUCAGUUUCUGAUCCCGAUUGUAAUUGCAUGGUUGAUGCUACAAUUGGGUGUGAUGCUGAUAAAUGUCUACAAAUCGAAACCAUCAAGUAG